AUGCCACCAGAAACUUCAAAGGGCUCGCCGCCGAGAGUAGUGUCGGAUCUCUGUGGUUCAGAUAUCGAAAUGCUCGAAAGAGUAAGUGGAUCUCCGAAUAUUCAAUACAAGACCAGAGCCAACAAACGAAACCGAGUCAUUUCCAUCAAAAAAGAGGCAAUCGAUGAGCAUGCUGAAGGGGAGACGGUUGAUAAUUACAACGACUCGGAGAUUGAGAUGGGGCCAAUCAAUAAAAAGGCAAAGACAGCCCAGAUCCCUGAAGAUGCAAUGGCGAUUGGUGUCGCAGCAGCAGAGCCUAAAGCAGUAGUUUACGCUUUCCUUAGCAAAGCAGAACACCCAGCACUUUUGUUUCGAAUCGAUAACGCUCGCGUGAGGAGAAAGAGUCAAACGGAAUUCGCAACCGGCAAAAUGUCCUUUGAUCAGAUAAAGUUCGACGAAGCAUUCCACAAAGGUUCCGAGGGGGAUACCAAGAACUAUAUCCGGAAAAAGCUAAUGAAGCUACGUGGAACAACAGCUGAAAGCACCCAUCGGUCAACUCCCGGGCCUCGCGUGACUCUCGGCGAGGAAUAUUUAUCAGAGGUCUCCAACGGUUUGAUGUCCAAGAAUAUCCAAGAGACCGGCACAAAGAACAAAAUGUCUCUACCCGAUCCACUAAUUGGACCCAGUGCUACAGGUAACGGACAAACUAAGAAUGGGAACCUGAACUCCCGGGUGAAGGAUACACAAAAAGCUCCAGAAGACGUCACAUCUAUAACAAAGUUGCCGGACGAGAAGAUCCUUAACGUCGCAAGUCCAGAUCUAUCUACACUUUCGGUGCCAACUUGUGGCAGCAGCGAGGACAAUCUAAAGAGGUUCACAGAUUACAGCGAUACUAUCCAGAAGUAUCUAGACGGCCUCCACUCAGUUUUCAAACAUUCUCUUGAGAAAAAGGAUGAAGUUAUUCAUGAAUUAAGAUCCGAGUUGGAGAAAGCAAAGUCCGCUGAAGCCAAGGACAAGAAGCGUAUCAAGUCCAUGACUUUUGACAUUGCUCGGUUCACAGUCAACACCAAGGAUCUUCGAGCAAAAGUUGAAAAACUGUCAACAGAGCUGACGGAAGCUAAAGCCAUGACGCGCGAUUAUAACACGAAAUCGAGAGUUGCGUUCGAGUUUGACAAAGCCGAGAAAAACAAACAAGAAAAAGACAUUGACAUCGAACACAGAGUACAAGACAGCCAAGAAGGUGCACACUCAAAUGGUCCAACUGAACUUGAAGGCCGGGUAGAAGAAGCCGCCUGUGCAAAACCUUCUGCUCGAGUCGAUAAUAAAUUCCGCCCAGACAAGACUCUGGUUGUUACACCGGGCCAGCUUAGCAGUGCAACCACUUUCUCCAAAGCAGAGAAAUCCACGACAGCUAGCGUUUCGAAAGGAGAAACACCGAGUGUCACUGAAACUGAGAAGUCUCAGACCAAACCAGCAUUUCAGAUGACUGAUAACACAGAGGUUAAAGUCCAUCAGUUCACAGAACGAGGAAACAUCAAAUCUUUGAAUCUCUUGAAAGGCGGUUCUGUGUCAAAUACUAAUUCAGCGACACCACUCGUCGACCUUGCUCAGUAUGUCAAGAUUUCAGAUAAUGAGCCUAAUGGUGGCAUGUUGAAGGAGAGCCGUCCGCGCAGGGUCACAUAUGGUAACCGAAGUUUCGACGAGAUUAACAUCCUUUAUCCUCUCAAAGACGUCACCAUGACAGGCAAGGCCAACGGCUCUGUUUUAGUUGGGCGAAAGGUAUACCAGAGAUAUACUCACAAUGGUGAAACCAAGCUACUCUUUUCUGCUGGCCAUUUUGAUUCUGUGGUUGAUAGAGAUGGGAGGAGAUACCUGAAAAAUGUUGCGUUGAAAGAGCAUAAACCGGAAUUCGAUCUUUAG